CUUCCCUCUAUGGACAGAUCCUCCAGGCUGGGCACCGAGGAGCUGAAGAUGACACGAGAACAAUACAUACUGGCCACACAGCAAAAUAACCUGCCCAGAGCCGAGAAUCCCCAACUAUAUCCCGUGGGAAUUUAUGGAUGGAGAAAGAGGUGCUUAUACUUCUUUGUGCUUCUGCUGUUGGUUACCAUGAUUGUUAACUUAGCAAUGACAAUAUGGAUAUUGAAGGUUAUGAAUUUCACAGUGGAUGGUAUGGGAAAUCUGAGAGUCACCAAGAAAGGAAUCCGGCUUGAAGGUAUAUCUGAGUUUCUCCUUCCAUUGUAUGUGAAAGAAAUCCAUUCACGCAAGGACAGCCCGCUGGUCUUCCAGUCUGACCGGAAUGUCACGGUGAAUGCGCGGAAUGAGUUGGGUCAGCUCACUGGACAGCUAACUGUAGGCGCCGAUGCCAUAGAAGCCCAGUGCAAGCGAUUCGAAGUGAGGGCCAGCCGAGAUGGCCGAGUUCUCUUCGCGGCCGACGAGGACGAGAUCACCAUCGGAGCCCACAGGCUCAAGGUCACAGGCACGGAAGGAGCGGUGUUCGGCCACUCAGUGGAGACGCCUCACAUCAGAGCAGAGCCUUCCCAAGACCUCAAGCUAGAAUCGCCAACGAGGUCUUUGAUCAUGGAAGCCCCCAGGGGCGUUCAGGUUCACGCAGCUGCGGGGGACUUCAAGGCCACAUGUCGGAAGGAGCUGCAUUUGCAGUCAACUGAGGGAGAGAUAUUUUUAAACGCAGAUGCCAUCCGGCUGGGGAAUCUACCAGUGGGGAUCUCCUCCCCUUCUCCACCCGGCUCCCCUCCUCGUCCGAACGUCUACGAGCUGUGCGUCUGCCCCAGCGGCAAGCUGUACCUCUCCCCGGCAGGAGCUGGUUCCACGUGCCAGACCAGUAGCGGCGUCUGCCUAUGGAGCUGAAAUGACUCCCCGGUUUCUCCUCACACCAGAAUAGCCUUCCGUCACCGUCCGUCCACUUCACAGUUCUGCUCGGUUCUCUCUCGCGAUCGGUCCGGAGCCUUCGAACGGUCUGCCAAGCAGCCUCCACCGGUGUAGGCCGGGACCCGGUCAGCCGCCGUCUCCCGUGGCUACAACCGGCCUCCCGCCAACGGAGAUGGGAGUGAGAUGCGAAGGAGAGAGGGGGUCGGGUGGCGGGGGGUGGGGGAAGAUAGUCUUCAUCAGGAAACUCGGAUCGUCCCCUCACCUUCUGCUCGAAAAAAGGGGAACAACACAGGUGCCUUUGCUACGUGAAGUGAAGCACAUAGUUUUAGAUUUCCGCAGGACCUGGAACGGGAACUCCACACAGAUACGCAGACCCACGCAUUCGCCCAGUAUCCGGCGGCGAGACGAAUCAGCCGAAACCCGCCCCACUAACUGUACCGUCUGAAAGCACAAUUUUCCGUUCAUCUCUUUGGAUGUCGGCUCUUGUCCCCCGGAUCGUUAAAGUUCUGGAGCACUGAGUCGUGCCCGCUUUGGCUAAUGAGUCAAGGCAAUGCCUGGUUUUUCACCCACGCCGAAAUAGUCAGACAGACAGACAGACAGAGACAGAGAGACAGAAGCCCUCCAUGCUUUUUCUUGGUUUAGUGCCACGGGUCACCACUCCAUCUACAAAGGGUAGAGCUUUGUACAUGAGGAAUAUCGACCAUGUGGGGGUAACAUGAGCUUUACAGACUAAACGCAAUACCAAGUCUGAUCCGACCACUGUCAGAUCGAAGUGGUCUUAGACAGUAUUCACUUGGCAUCCACAUGGGAAGUACUGCUUUAAACCAAACAUCUAGCCUACCAACACGUAGGGGGCAACGGAUUGAGGGUACAGGGUGGACUCCAUUCAUUUCUGUGUCGUAAGAAUGAAGCCCCGGUUUCCCUUUGCUUUUUUUUCUCUAAAUUGCAUCGCUACAUUUAGCAGCAUAGGAUUUAACGCGACCCAAGCCCUAAAUUAACACUAGGGAGCUCACCAACCAUAUGCCAACCUCUGAUUUUAUUUUCCCUUGCUUAAAUCAUCCACAACGAAGGUUUCCCAAGGAAUUGCAUUAAAGAUCCAUGAGCCAACAUUGGGGAAAUCCAGUGCUCACCAAUUCGCUGAAACAGCAGGGACUUCAGGGAGCUCUGAUUUCUCAAAAGUGGUACAGUGUCCAUCCAGCCCCCAUUAUCCAUUAACUUUGAGUGGCUCUCAGGCUAGUCUGCCACCAGAGCUUCUCGUUUUCAGUCUUUACUCGUGACUUAUUUGUUCUUUGCAAAUGAGAUCCUGAGGUGAGAGAGAGAGGGAGAGAGAGGACAAGAGAAAAAGAGAGAGAGAGAGAAAGCUAACAGGUUGCUGAUUCAUUUGUUGCAGCACAACUCAAUGAGAUUAUCUUGAAACUUGCCACAUUGAGGUAUGUAAAACACACAGUUCAAAAUGUUCUGUUCUGGGAAGAGCCCUUGAUUGACUGCCCUAAGGUAUAUCUCCACUGCAUUUUCUAUCAAUCUCUCCAUAGUUGUCCCGUCCAAUCUGCUCCCUUUGUAGGAGAGUGGAGAGUUGAUGGUGAAGGAGACGAUAAGUGGUAGACACCCAACUAGAUGCCUGGCCCCAUCUUCACCAUCCGUAACAAAUUGGAGAGCUGGCCAUCAUGUGGGUUUGUUCCACAAAGCCGAAAGCCACUGAAAUCUGUUUUCCUCCAUGGAGAAGAUCCACCCCACCCCAUAGAGUUAUGAAGAAAUUCAUUAGAUAGGUAAGUUUCAUGCCUUUAAAGGAACAAGGAGCUGAAUUUCUCUUACAAAAUAGCACCCGAAAGAAUGGGAGUGAUUCCUUGCAUUCCGGUCAACAUGAGGCUGACCUUCAAGAAAGGCCCAGGAUAUGGGAUUGGCCCUGGGUGGGAUCGAAUUGGGAAUGCCUGGGAUUAGUCCCAGUGCAGACCACUGUCAGGUGAUGUCCGGAUGGAGUGUGAAGCCGUAUGACUUAGGAGAAACGGGUACAGAUGGUCUGGCAAGGGCAGGGACUGAAGACUUGUCUGAUGAUGCCAGGAGAUCGUAGGUGUGGAAUCAGGAGUCUGUGCGCGUUGAUAGAAAAUCCAGAAAACAGCCAAAAGAUUCCUAGUUCCACAAGAACUUGAGGACUGAUCCCAGUUUCCCUCUCUUUGUCCACUUAAGAGAGAGAUUCUGGAAUUUGGCCUUUUAAAAAAAAAAGACUUCACUAACCAACCCUCCAACCUCUGGUUGUCGAUUCAUGCGGGACAGCAUUCACGUUCCAGACCCCCGAGUCUUGUGUCAGUCUCCAGAAAUACAAAACUUACGGAAACAGUGAACACACCCGGUGCCCACGCACCUCAUCCUUCCUUGCUCUGAACCCUGAGCUGCUUGAAUCUACCACACAAUUUGGUACCAAGAAACAGGGUGGCCUUGUGGAAAGAGCGCAGACCUAGGAGCCAGAGGACAUGGGU